CGUGCCGUGCCGCAGGGGCUGAAAAAUCAAAAAAAUGUAUUAGAAAAUGGCAAUGGUGCCGGCUUUGCAGACGUGGAACUUCCACGUAGCGAGUCCUUAAUUUUCCUGAUUCAGGAUAUGGCAUAUCUUAAAAUGAGAAUUUUGUAAAAUUUAAUUCAUAAUGAGGAGUCCUGGAGCUGACACACAAAUUGAAGUGACCGAGGGCGAUCUACCAACAGAUGUUAACAAAUGGAAUCCCACAAUAGACACGUCUAUUUAUAUAAAUGAUCAGAGUCAGUCAAUAUCUCAUAGAAAAUUUAUAAGGAGAUGGAAUCGCUUAUCUCGCCUGCAGAGAUCCAUUGUGUAUGCAGUGAUAGUUAUAGCUGUAACAGUGGGGGUUCUCUUAUAUAAUGGUAGGGAAACAAAGCCCGAGGAAAAAACUAAUAUCAGCCAGCUUCCUGUGGAGCCAGUGAAGAAUUUGUCUCUAAUCAACGAGCCGGUCGCGGAACCAGUAUUAAUCAACAACAAACCCGCCUUUGAAAUUGAACUGAAUGAGAGACCAGUCUUUACUGGUCCCACAAACGCGAAACAGUAUGCAGUGGUGGAGAGCUUCCGGCACGCGUGGAAGGGCUACAAGACCCACGCCUGGGGCCACGACAACUUGAAGCCGUUGUCCGGGAUGCCUUACGAUUGGUUCUCGCUGGGGCUCACCAUCGUCGACGCUCUGGAUACUGCAUUUAUCAUGGGACUGACUGAAGAGUUCGAGGAGGGGCGCGAAUGGGUCAGCAAAGAGCUCGUGUUCACACGCAACAAGGACGUGAACUUCUUCGAGGUGACCAUCAGGGUGCUGGGCGGGCUGCUCGCCAACUACCACUACACGCAGGACGAGAUGUUCUUGAAGAAAGCGGAGGACCUAGGCGACCGUCUGAUGGCUGCGUUCAACUCUCCUUCGGGCAUCCCGUACUCGGACGUGAACCUGGGCACGCGCACUGCGCACGCGCCCGAGUGGUCCCGCUACAGCACCACGGCCGAGGUCACCACCGUGCAGCUCGAGUUCCGAGAGCUCUCGCGCGCCUCCAACAACCCGGCGUUCGAGGACGCAGCGGCAGCGGUAUCCGAGAAGAUCCACCAACUGCCUAAGAAACACGGUCUGGUGCCCAUCUUCAUCAACCCCAACACCGGGCAGUUCCUCCCGCACGCCACCAUCACGCUCGGCGCGCGCGGCGACAGCUACUACGAGUACCUGCUCAAGCAGUGGCUCCACACCGGCAAGACCAUCAACUAUUUGCUGGACGACUAUUUGACCGCGAUUGAGGGUGUGCGAGAAUUCCUAGCGAGGCGCUCGACGCCUAACAAGUACUUAUUCAUUGGGGAGUUGCUGGCCGGAUCUGAGGCCUUCAACCCCAAGAUGGACCACCUGACGUGUUUCCUGCCGGGCACCCUGGCGCUGGGCCACGCCAACGGGCUGCCCGACUGGCACAUGACCAUGGCCGAGGAACUGAUGACCACGUGCUACCUCACAUACAAGGCGCACCCCACGUUCCUUGCGCCGGAGAUCACGCAUUUCAACUUGGCGAGUGCCACAUCGGACAUGUACACGAAGACGGCGGACGCGCACAGCCUGCUGCGGCCCGAGUUCAUAGAGAGCCUCUUCUACCUGUACCAGAUCACCGGCAACACCACCUACCAGGACUGGGGCUGGCAGAUUUACCAGGGCUUCGAGAAGUACGCCAAGGUCCCCAACGGUUACACGUCUCUAGCCAACGUGAAGAGUGAGAAGCCGGUGCAACGCGACAUGAUGGAGUCUUUCUUCCUCUCCGAAACUCUCAAGUACCUCUACCUCUUGUUCAGCGACGACAGAUACCUUAUAGACUUGAGCAAAUACGUCUUCAACUCCGAAGCUCAUCCCCUGCCUAUACAUAAGUCUUAGACUGACUGACCGGAAAUAAUGUACAAUUAGCACAAACUACAUAGACACCACAUUACGAAGCGUUUACAAAGAGCAUGAGAUCACGAUUGGAGUAGCACAACUAAAGGCUGAUUUAGACGGCGCGCGAACUCGCAUGCGAUUUUAGUUAUAUUGCGGACAAUGGAUUACUUCCAAUUCAACCGACCGAUCAAAACCGGCAAUGUAAUGAAACUCGCAUCGUCUAAAUGAGCCCUUAUAUUUAAUGAAGGGAACAAAUGUUCUUGUUACAUUACCGUGUUUUAGUUCGCACUCCGUCUAAAUCAGCCCUAAGGGUGGUAUUCCACCUAUCCAAUUUCUUUGUCCAAUGUGUAUUGCGUCUCACAUUUUGUUUUAAUGGGACAGUGAGACCCAUUCACAUUGGACAGGUGGAAUACCACCCUAAGAUGUUUUCUACACCCUUUUAUACCUCUAAAGCUUAUUUUUUGUACACUAGUGGUGGUUUAAUUUACACUAGUGGUCGUAACUGUGACACUGAAAUAAGCGGUCUCGCUCCCAUACUAAAGUUAGUAUGGGAUAUGUGGUGAUCUCGAUUGUCUCAUGUGUUACGUAUUGUUGAGGUAGUCUGUGACAUUAGCAAAUAAGCGCGGUAAACCACCAUCGCUAGGAAGACUAUAUGAAAGAGGGUUAGUACUCUUCUUAGUUGUUGACUUACAUGACUGAAUUCCCACGUCCGAGCGACGCGGUCCUUAAUAACUUUCAAAUGCGGCCAUUUAUACAUAGAAGCCCUCAUUUAUAGCCGCCUAGCUGCUGCUAGCUGUCCUGCUUAAUUCUUAGUAUUGAUAUCAUACUUAAUUUUUUCCAUGAAGUCCGUUUGUACAAUUUUAUCGAACGUGUAUCUGUAUAUGGCAAACCGUGGCAUAUUAUUACGUUUUCAUUGCUAUUUGCCAUAAAAUUAAGUGUUGUUUAUUUUUCUAUAUGUACAAAGUACAUAUAGAAUAACAUCCUCGUACAUCUAGUGAAUUUAAAAUUUGCCACCCUUAUUGUCCUUUUGCCAGCGACUUCAAAACUUUCGCAAGAGUUGUGAAACUAACAUUAACCAUCCUUCUAAUACUUGGUACUGAAUCAAAGUACUUACGUUGUUAUUUAUAAAUGUAUUAUAUACAUUUGUGUACUUGUAAACAGGACUAAUAUAACUUUUAUAAUAAGUACAUUUAAUGCACGUAAAAUAUUAUCUUAAGGUAAGCUCCCGAGUGAGAUAACUUUUUAUUAUAAUGUGUAUAAUAUCUUACAGGUUUUAAAUUAGCUUGGAACAAGUUUCUUAUGUUCAUAUUAUUACAUUAAUUCAUGAGGCAACAUCUUGUAAUGCGCUUAGUAACUUAGCAUUAACAAGUAAAUACACCCGUACUGUUUAAAAUUGUAUGUAUGGUUGGUUGCCUUUUGGUACACCGAAAUACAUUAGGCACUUGUCCCACCGCCGACGAUGAGCGAUAAGCGAGUAGAACGAUAAACUAGAAACGAGUGGGCGAGCGGCGAGAAGCGAGUGUUAGCUCCAAUAGCUUUGUCGCUCGGCUAUAGACGAGUGUUCGAGAGCGACGGGCUAUUACUCGCGCCACUCGCUCGGGCGGUGCAGCGUAGCCGUGUUCGCAGACUGAUUGGUCUCGCAGCUAACUACGAAGCGAGCAUCGCCGAGCGAGUACCGCUGAGCUAGUUUUAUCUUAUCGCGGUGACAAACUAGUAGAGCGAGUGUUCUCGCCGGCAGUGUGAACAGCCAGCGAUGAACUAUUAAUAUAUGUGUCUCUUUUACUAACACAGGAUCCUAAUCUUUUGUUCGUUUCUUGGGCGAGAAAAUCGCCGAUAGUUAAUCGCUUACUCGCUCUUGGUGGGACAAGUGCCUUAGGUAUAGCAUCAUAAGAAUAGGCCACGUACGUACCAUGUCAUGAUAUCACAAAACUGCCGCGCCCUUUAAUUUUUAUAAUAAAAUAUUUCAACCAUAAUUUUUCACUUGGUUGUAUAGUUUGCAACAAUGCCUUUUCUUGAGAUGCAAGUCUUACCAGUGAGAUUAAGUUGAAAGUGAGUCAAAACGUAUGGUUUGACUUACCACCAUGUAAUUUUGUUUUGCGAGUACGGGACCAAUCGUCUCAUAUGGCAACAUCAUGUAUUUAUGUAAUAUAAAAUGAAAUCGAUUUUUUUGUAAGGGGAUAUUACUGCAAUGUUCUGCCGCCAGAGUGCAGCACUACCGACUCAGCAAAUUCAUAGACUAACUUAUACAUACUGUGCCUUAAACUGUUUUUUGACAAGUUUUCACAGACAAUAAAAUAUGACAUUGAUGCAUCAAGGCGGUUUGUUAACAAGGGCCUAUCGGUAAACGCAAAAAAUCGAAAUUUAGUUAUCUGCCUCUUUAUCGCCCGAAUAUGCAAGAGUGAUAGAGAGAUUAGAUAACGAAAUUUCGAUUUUCUUUUUUCGCGGUCAGUUGCCACCUAAGCAGGGCUUUGCCUAAUAUUCCCUAUUAGACCUUGUUUAUGAGAUGUUAUUAUUUUAGUUAGUUUAAUUGGUUUUCCGUUGGAACAUAUUUUAAUUAAAUUUUAUAAUGAGUUGUAAUAGUUGUAAAAAUUUUAGACUUAUAUAAUUUAUGCACUUAAUAUUCUUGUCGCGGUGUAUUGUGUGUACCUACACGUUAAUAAACCCCAAGAUCAAGAAUAGAAAGAUAACGCCCUGCAUGUAACCCAAUCAUAAUAGAAUAAUUCGCUUUAUUAAUAAUUUUGCGGGCAUUUAUGCGGUUGAUAGCUAUCGUUCAAGGUAUUUGUAUCAUAUUUUUUACCAAAAAGCAAGGCAUAACACUUAAUGUACUCUUAAGUUGUUUUUUAUUUUAUUGAAAACAGCCACUGUCGAUGGCGUGUAAAAAUGUAUUCUAUGUUAGUCAUUCAGUAAAUUGUAUGUAAAUAUUAUUUUUAUUAUGCAUUCCUGAUUUAUAAAUAUUUAGUUACCAAAAAAACUAGUUAGGCAAAACAUACUGAUAGAAUAGGUAAAUGUAAUAAAUCACGUAUCUACUUA